GCAACCUCGUUCAACAACACCACCUCCACCACCAUGCAUCUCAUGUAUACGUUGGACGAGAAUGGGAACAGGGUGUACACGUUGAAAAAAAUUACCGACAGUGGUAAAAUCACCAAAUCCGCCCACCCUGCUCGUUUUUCCCCCGACGACAAGUUUUCACGGCACCGAGUAACGAUCAAAAGGCGUUAUGGCAUUCUCCUCACCCAGCUUUCUGCCAAACCCUUGUAAUUGGUUAUAGAAUACAGGCGUUUUGCUCGACGUACUGCAUCUGUCUCUGCGGUGGUCAUGCCAUCUAACUCUCGGCCUCAUGCCCGAGUUGCGUCUCAUCUCAGGCUGUGGCUGAUGGAGAUACGGGCUGCUAGGUUGAGUGUGGAGCUGGCUAUCGCACUUUCCUCUGGAAGAAAGAGAAAGUGGUCUGUUUGACUUUGCUACCAUUUGUGACUGCCUCACCGCUGGUGUAGAGUUUCGGGAAGUAGAUAUGUUGUACGAGUUUCAUGAUCAUUGCCAUUGCUUCCAGUGUCCCCUACCUGUCCAGCC